CUUACUCUCGAACAUCGAUUAACCCAUUGUUCACCAUUUAUUAGUAACUACUCGUUAUCAUGUUUGUGAUGGAGAACACUAGGGAAGUGUGAUCCUGUCCCAGCAAUAGUGAGGACCAAGCCCGUUGACAAAGAAGGGUUUGACUGGUGCACCUAAGGAAUACCUGAGAACACUUACUCGUCACUCACCUUUCCAUUUCAACUGCAGACAGCAAUGGGUUGUUUCAAAGCUUCACCGAGCCAUUCCUGGAUUUAUCCCACCGUGAUCCUGUGUUUAUUUGGAUUUUUCUCCAUGAUGAGACCCUCAGAACCCUUCUUAGUCCCAUAUUUAUCUGGACCAGAUAAAAACCUGACCAGCUCAGAGAUCACAAAUGAGAUCCUUCCCAUCUGGACAUACUCUUACCUGGCACUGCUGCUCCCAGUGUUCAUCGCCACCGACUACGUCCGCUACAAGCCAGUCAUUAUCCUGCAGGGGAUCAGCUUCGUCGUCACCUGGCUGCUGCUUUUGUUUGGCCAGGGAGUGAGGGCCAUGCAGGUUGUAGAGUUCUUCUAUGGGAUGGUCACCGCCACCGAGGUGGCCUACUAUGCCUACAUUUACAGCGUGGUCAGCCCGGAGCACUACCAGAAAGUGAGCGGCUACUGCAGGAGCGUCACCCUGGUGGCCUACACGGCGGCCUCGGUGCUGGCCCAGCUCCUGGUAUCCCUGGCCAGCCUAUCGUACUUUUACCUCAACGUCAUAUCCUUGGCCUCUGUCUGUGUGGCCCUUCUUUUCUCCCUGUUCCUACCAAUGCCUGAGAAGAGCAUGUUUUUUCAUGUACAAGCCAGCAAAGAAGUACAAAAGCCACCAAACAACACCGCAGUGUUAGAUGAAACUUACAAGGUUCCCACACCAGGUGGCGAAGAGAAACCCACUUCAGAAAUACCCACCAUCUCAGGGACCCUGGAGGGUCGGCAGGUGAGCAAUCCGGUGCCAAGAAAUGUCGCCUUGAGAGUUUUUGUACAGUGGUUCCAAGAUUUGAAGGGAUGCUACUCCUCACAUCAUCUUUUUUACUGGUCUCUGUGGUGGGCCUUUUCCACAGCAGGUUUUAACCAAAUUUUGAACUAUGUUCAAAUCCUGUGGGAUUACAAGGCACCAUCCCAAAAUUCUUUCAUCUAUAAUGGGGCAGUAGAAGCUGUUGCAACCUUUGGAGGGGCCGUGGCUGCCUUUGCCGUGGGCUUUGUGAAAGUCAACUGGGAUCUCCUGGGAGAGUUGGCUCUAGCGAUCUUCUCCAUCAUUAGUGCAGGCUCUCUGUUUCUCAUGCAUUACACAACCAACAUCUGGGUGUGCUAUGCUGGCUAUUUAAUAUUCAAGUCCAGCUAUAUGCUUCUUAUAACCAUAGCAGCAUUUCAGAUUGCAGUUAAUCUGAGUGUGGAGCGCUAUGCCCUGGUGUUUGGAAUGAACACCUUCGUGGCCCUGGUGAUCCAGACCAUUAUGACAGUGAUCGUAGUAGAUCAGAAAGGACUCAACCUGCCUAUCAGCAUUCAGUUUUUAGUUUAUGGGAGUUAUUUUGCAGUUAUUGCUGGCAUUUUUCUAAUGAGAAGCAUAUACAUCAUCUGCUCAACCAAGUUCCAAGAGCAGCCACAGAGCUCUCCUACAUGUCAGAAUCCAGCUGAGCCCCACCCAGACGGACCCAGGAAUGUCAACAUGGAAACAAAGCUCUAACCUUAUGGCAACCACUGCAUCCACUGAGAAAGGACCCGCCUGGUCGCAAAGUCACCGAGUGACACAAAAUGACACACUUCCCAAGUCUGGAUUUCAAGGAACCUUUUCAAAACCCCAACAAAAUAUCGGUUUUAGACCAGAUGUCUAUGUGCCCAGCUGGAUGCAUUCAACAGGUCCCGUCACCUCAGUCAAACAGUCCGUGCUGGGGACCCCAGGGAGUAGCAAGGACUGGGAAAUUCUGGUUCUGAUUACUCUUUAGGACAUGCAAAUGGCAUGGAAACAAACCACGAGAAACUCCAGCCGUUCUGGACUUGAUGUUCCCGACUCCAGAGCAGAAAUACUAACUAGAUUCACCUUGUUGCUUGGCUCACAUCUUUGUUUUAUCUUGCUGAAACUGGCAAGAGAGGGGACAUUUUUUGUCACAUGGCCAUUUUCCUUCUUCUUCUAUUCAGUAUAUUUCUAUAUAGCAUGCAGUUCUCUGAGAGAAUUUCAAGGUUUGGUCCCAUUUCUGAGGAUCCCUCUUCAAUCCUGAUAACAUGGCAUUAUUCACAAGCUAAAAUUUGGUAAUAUCACCAUUUAAUUCGGUCAUGAUUAUUUUUCGCUUUGGGUUCUGCUGAGCUUUGUUGUUAAAAAUCUACCUCAGGAAUAGCUCCAGACGUUCCUGGAUAUCCACAGAAUGACAUUCAAGUCAAUUCCUCGUGACCAUAGGGGAGACAACGGGCUUUCUCCCUACCAUGACCCCAGACAGGUGUUUUAAUGCUGUGUCCGUGUGAUCUCUGUGUAAAACAGAGAAACUUAACUAGAAAUUUCUAGGACUUUUUAAGUAUUUUUAAGUAAGAAAAUACUAAUAGGGUGGGGGAAACGCCUAAUUUUUAAAGGGCAGUGCUUGUGCCAAAUAAAAUAAUGUGGGCAAAAAUA